UUAUAAGAUCUUUGAUGAUGUCAUACAGUUUAUAAACAGUACCAGGUUUCAUAUGUUGUUGGAGUUAUUUAAAAGUAUCUAAAUUUCACUGUUUUACUAAUUUUUCCUUGGAAUUUCAAGUUGAAAUUGAGAUUGCGUUAAACAAAUUGUGAUGGGAAACACAAACACCAAAGAAACAAAGCGUAAAAGCCGUUCAGCAUCUAAGGCUGCAGCUCCCAAGAGUCCGGUUCAAAAAAUACAGGCCCAGCAAGAGGUUCAAGAGAGCGCUAAGCCGAACGUUGGAGAUUCCAGUAGCCAAAAACCACAAUCCACCAAGACAGUGUUUGAGAGCAGCCAAGAUACCAAACCUACAUAUCGAAUUCCAGCGCUGGUCUUUCACGAAAAUUAUUUCUUGGCCUUUUGUGAGAAACGAUUUGAUGGACAUUGGGACAUUGGAAAGAUGGACUUGGUGUUGCGAAGGGGACAUUUAGGUGAUGAUGGUGUUAAGUGGGAACCUGAGGUUACAUUGUACCCUGAAAAUGACACCGAUAAAUUAAUGAGGCCUAUGAAUCCUGUUCCUAUUGUCGUCGGGGAAGGCCACAUCAUCUUGAUGUUUAAUACCUUUCCGAAAGACACUCCUGAGAAAGUUAUUAAAGCCACACCGACGCCACCCGGCAAGCUGCCUCUUUGGCAGUUGCUAAUAAAACACAGCACUGAUGGAGGAAAGACUUGGAAAAACUAUCAACAGCUUCCAGUGGGUGACAUAUUUUCAGGGUUCAACAGUGUUCCUUCAACAUGUGCUGUUGGACCUGGACAUGGCAUCAAAUUAGAGUCUGGAAGAUUGGUUGUUACUGGAAAUAUUGCUUGGAAAGGAGAAGACAACCGACCAUUUGCUAUUGUAAGUGAUGAUAAUGGUGACACGUGGAAAAUGGGAGGUGAAAUUAAUUUGCCGGAAUUAAAUGGCAAUUCAGUUACAGGAAAUGAAUGUCAGGCUGUUGAGGUAGCACACAACUAUGUGGUUGUAAAUUGUAGAACACUAGGUACUCAUCCAAGAAUACAAUGCUACAGUUCUGAUGGUUGUGACACUUUUGGUUCACCUGAUUCACCCAAGGUUAUGAGAGCGUUGAAAGGACCAAAACAUGGUUGCCAGGGAAGUAUACUUGGUUUCAGUGCACCAUUGGUGGAGAAAGAAACAAAUGACAAGAAGUAUUGGGCACUUUUAAGUAACCCACACAGCGAUAAACGAGAGAAACUCUCGGUACUUUUAAGUAGAGACGGUUGUAAAACCUGGCCCUAUCAACCAGUGGUCCUAGAACACAAAGGUUCAGCUUAUUCAGAUUUGACUGGCUUCACUCAAGAUGGCCAGCAGAAAUUUGCUUGCCUUUUUGAACGCAUACAUGCCAAUAAUAAGCAUGAUAUUAAUUUUGUCAUAUUUACUAUUGAUUUUGAAAAUUUAAAGUAAGUGAAGUGUCAUGACAAAUGUUGUGUUGUAGGUAAGUAGUCACCAGGUCAAAUGUUCAAGUUGUAUUUUAACAAAAAUUGGGUUUCUGUAUUACUGGUAAGUUUCUUCUGAGUUGAUUUACAUACAUUAAUGGUGUUUUUUUUAAAAAUUUGAUAGGAAAAGGUUUUUCAUAUUUGAUAUGUUUUGAUAUCUAUAUUUUAACAUUUAAAAAAGUACUUUAAUAUUGAUUAUAUAUUGUAAAGUUUCCAUUUAUUUUUAUACUUUGUUUAAAUUCUCUUUCAAUAAUUGAUGUAAAGCACAUAAAGGCAGUCCAUAAAAAAUGUGCUAUAUAAAUGACAUUAAUUAUAA